ACAACAGUUGAAAGAGACACUCGCAAAAGAAGAAAGGAAGCGGGAAGAACUGUUGCAAAGAAAAGAACAGGAAACUAGGUUGCAGUAGAGAAUGGGUAGAGUUCAGCAGCACGUUUCCUUAGAUGAAAAAGAUGUUGCUCAGACGCUCGGACAAAUAUUGACGUAUUUGGCUUUUCUUGAAGAAAAGUUAGACCAACAGCAAUCUAGAAUGGAACAGCAAUCUAGAAUGGAUGAAUUCGUUGUUGGCCUUCAUGUCAUUACUAGCAUUGUCAAGGGGAAAGCCCCUAUGCUUGAAAAUGAUGAAGAUAAAGAAAGAAGAGCGGACGUCAAGCCCGAGAAGUUGCUUAUUGGUGGAAUGAAAAACAGCGACACAACGAAGAAGGAAACGGUAAAAGAAACUGAGAAGAAACCGGAAGAGAAACCGGAAAAGAAACCCAAUGGGAAUGGUGAUGGAAACGGGAAUGGAGACGGGAAUGGAAACGGGAAUGGUGGUCCCAACGGUCCCAUUCCCCCUCCUAAGGACAAUGCCAAACCCGCAGAUCCGACUAAGCCAAAGAAAAAAGAAAAGGUGAAGAUGAAAUUACCUUUCACUUUUUCUAAUAAGAAAGAAGAAAGCCUUCCACUCUGGAUCGCAGAGAUCCAGACCUMUGUUGGGACUGCACCGGUAGAAGAAGAGUCGCAAGUUGCGUUUACCACUUCUUGUAUGGGUGGUGAAGUGAAGCAGUGGGUUCUGGCGGAGGCGAAUGCCGCGGGGUUUGACGAUAUAGGUGAGUGGGCGAAGAUGAUGACCUUGAAGCAGUUCCUUGCAAAGGUUCCUGGUCUUAACCUGCAGGACUCUCAGGUCCUUUAUAUCUACUCCCGCGCGUUGCCCGAACCGAUACAAGGGCACUUGGUCGCCGAGGCCAAGUCAGGUAAGUAUACCUACCGCCAGUUCCGCGACCUUGCAUUGCAGCGGGAACAAACGACUUCGCAAGUCAAAGGUUCCUAUGCUGCUGCCGUAAGGAAUGGAGGAGGAGGCGGCCGAGGAGGCUACGGCAGGCGGGUCAUAUGGCGUCAAAAGCGCCAAGACCACACCCUCGUCGUAUUCGACGACGAUACAAUGGAGAAAAGGUCAUUGGAGUCCGAGGGUGGUGGUGAGAGCAACAGUGACUCCGGAAAGGGGGAGAUCACUGCUGCGACGGUCAACAAGGGAGGACCAUCAUCGAACACUCGACCGAAGGAAAGACCACGCUCCUUCUCAUACCAUCCUGGGAUUGCGGCCGGCAGACCGUGGCUGAAGAUGGGACUAACCCGGGAGGAAUUCAAAAGGGAGAAGCCAGUAGGAAUAACAUCUGUUCCUAUAGAGUCGGAGAGUGCGAUCACAUGGAAGGCGCCUACGAUCCCUUUCCACACUCCGACUCCCGUGGCAGAGGAUGGAAACCCUUCUGCCCGUCGUUCAGAUAUCCCCACUCAUGUCUUAUGUCUGUCUCUGGACGACUCCCUUGACGAGCUGGGUAGCGAGCUAGUUGCGUUACGCAGUUCGUGGGCGAAGAAAGUCAAGUCUAAGGGGGAACUAUUGAUUGCCGAUUUGGUUGUCAAUCGCACACACGUUGGUGCGAUGCUGGAACCUGGGUCCACACGAUCUUACAUGUCUGAACGUGCAAUCCGCAAGUUGCACCUCGGCAUGAAGAUCCAAACGUUAGCUAGACCAAUCAUGUCUAUGUUGGCUGACAAAAGCACGAUGACGGUAACGCAGUACGUCGAUCGUGUUCGAUGUCAGUUCAGUACUAAGGAUGGGAAGAAGAUUUGGCAUGAGCUUCCCUUCCUAAUCGAGAAGAACAUGCCAUUUGAUAUCAUCUUGGGAAUGGAUUGGCACGAGGAAGCUGAUCCCAAGAUUGAUUUCAAACAGAAAGAAGUACGAAUCAAGGAUGAAUCGUCUGAAUUGCAAUCAAUUAAGUUGUAUCAUCGGUCAGGGUCUGAUUCUGUCUUGUCUUUCUGUUGCAUGAGCUACCCUGCAUUUGUCUCUUAUACACAUCUAGAUGUGUAUAAGAGACAGGGGUCUGAUUCUGUCUUGUCUUUCUGUUGCAUGAGCUACCCUGCAUUCCGAUCGAUGGUUGCAAAGAAGAAGUUAGAGGAUGAGGUAGUAAUGUUGUUAGUUAAGAAAGUAGGAGAGUCUUCAACUACCCAUCCUCCUGGCAUAGAUGCACUCCUAACGGAGUUUACCGAUAUUAUGUCUGAGCCUACCGGGGUCACUUCGCGAGUUAUCAAGCACACGAUCGAGAUCGUGCCCGGUAGCAAGGUUCCCAAGGGCCCUAUCUAUCGCAUGUCUCCAAGGGAACUUGAGGAACUAAAGAAACAAUUGUCUGAGUUGACGGAGAAGGGAUGGAUUCGCCCUAGCUCCUCUCCUUAUGGCGCACCUGUCUUGUUUGUGCCCAAAAAGGAAGGUGAGUUGCCCCUUUGCAUCGAUUACCGAGGGUUGAAUGCCGUCACCGUCAAAAACGCUGAACCUUUGCCAAGGAUCGACGAUCUCUUGGAUCAGUUGCAGGGUUAUAAGGUCUUUAGUAAGAUCGACCUUAAGUCUGGGUACCACCAGAUCGAGGUGGAUCCGGCCGAUCAGCAUAAGACCGCGUUUCAUACAAGCUAUGUGGUUGAGAAAAUUACUGACCAUGGAUACUUUUCAAGUUGUGGAAGAGGCAGACCUCAAAAGCAGUAUAAAGUGAGAUUCCAGUUCCAAGAUGCCUCUGAAGACCGUUGGUUUAGCAGACGGGAACUGAUGGAUACGGCUCCUGAUAUUGUUGCUAGCUAUGAACGCGGACUGAAGUCUUAAGUAUUUCUGCGGUGGAACUCGAAUUCGGGCCGGCAGGAAUGCAGUAAACCACUUUCAGCAGC